AGUCUUCCCAGAGCCUUUUCCUACGUCGGUUCUUCAUUCGUCGUUCUUCCAAUUAUUUGUAUAAACUCUAAAUUUUCAAUAAUUACACUUUUCGAGGUCGAAACCAGACGAUUCCGAUUCAAGUUAGAGCUUCCGAAUGUGUUGGCUAACGAAAACUUCAAUUAUCAAACGAUGUUAACGGCAACGUGCUUACGACAUUCACCUGUUACUAUCGCGCUAACUUCUAUCAACCGUAAAAUAUAACUCUUGGUGUAGAGCUUCAAUUUAUCAGAAACACCAAUAACGUGGAACUCAUAUCGAUAUGUCAAAGCUAGAGUGAGCUGAACGGUCGUUCAAUAUAAUAAUUAAUACGUACCUUACCUGUUGUGAUAUCGUUUUAGUCAGUAGUUUUUUACCCCAUCAGAAUCACCAGUAGAAGUAGACAUAUCAUCAAAUAUAGAGCUUUUACUUAUAUAGAGCUAGAUUAGCUGGAACUUAGAGAAGUUCCUUCACACCUCAUAAUACGGGGGAUGAUAAUAAGUAUAGGUUUAAUAUAGAAUCUCUUCAAGAGACGUGUUCAACUAUUUUUGGGCGUGUAAAUUCUAAUGUAUGCGAGUGAUCUGUUCGGAGGAAAUGACAGGUUGUCGUGACAGCUGAGUGUUUUGAGAAAGGGAAAUCCUGAGGAUCAGCAAUGAGUCUAUCGAGAUCUUGUUUAUCCAAUCGCAAUAUGAAUGGCAAGAUCUCCUCGCUGGUGGAGCAGCAUGGCACCUCGGCCACUCUGCGUCCGUCGGCCGUUGCCAGGGUCGGACAGGCCGUGAACUUCGCCGUGGAGCGGUUCGUCACCGUGGGCGAGACCAUCGCCGACGACUACCCUGAGGUGCGCCGGGGGAUGUACGAGGCGUGCAAGGAGGCCAGGCAAGCCGGUGGCGCGAUCGAACACAUAUGCGAAGUACACAAUGAAGAAAUAUUGCCAGACAGGACCACCUUAGUGAGAGCUGCUCGAUGUCUUCUGGGUGCCGUCACAAGGGUGUUGCUUCUAGCAGAUAUCGUGGUUGUGAAACAACUUCUUCUAGCAAAAGAUAAGGUAUCUCACAGUUUGGAUCGCCUGGAGUCAGUCAACAAUUUCACCGAAUUCGUUAAAGCAUUUAGUCAGUUCGGUUCGGAAAUGGUAGAGUUAGCACACUUGACGGGCGACAGGCAGAACGACUUGAAAGACGAGAGGCGGAGAGCACAAAUGUCUGCCGCGAGGCAAGUUUUGGAAAGAUCUACCAUGAUGCUUUUAACGUCGAGUAAAACUUGUCUGAGGCAUCCAGAAUGCGCUUCCGCUAGAGAGAAUCGCGACACGGUUUUCUGCCAGAUGAGGAGAGCGAUGGACCUCAUCCACUAUGUCGUCAAAGAUGGCGUGCUGAAUGGGUCCGACUCCAGUGUUCAAUCGGACGGCAGAGAGGAGCUGUGCGAGAGCGACAGAGGAACAGCGUAUUCCUGCAUGAGGCAUCUGCAGUAUCUUCUCGAGCAUAGUAAGAUUUCUAUGGGCUUCGCUGAGUCGGCGGUCUUAGGACUGCUGGCUGGAGACUACACUGCACUGAUGAGAGUCAAAGAGCUCGAAACCGAUCCUUCCUGUCAAGAUACACUUCCUACUUCCUUAGAGGCUGUCUUAGAAAGAACUCAGGAUUUCACUGAUAGUGCCUAUACUAGCCAUGAACAUAGAGAAGCCAUUUUAGAAUGUUCCGAGAGAUUGAAGGCUGAACUGGAUCAUUUACUAGGCCUCUAUGCCAAUAUUGUAGACUUUGAGAACGUUUCAAACUGCCCGGAAAUGGAUAAUUCAGUUCAGGUGUGCAUAAAUUCGGCAAGGGACUUGUCUCGACAUCUAGCCAACGCUGCCAUCCAUCAAGCACAGGAUCUGACCACGGCGACCAAGCAGGGUUUAGAAUUAGUGGCUGCGAUAAGACAGGAGGCAAUCAGGUCGGAAAUCGAUAGACUUCAUCACACCUCCAAUGCCUUUCAUGAUUCCAUUGAUCAUAUUCUGGAGGUUUGUAAAUUAUUAAGACAUGUGGCUGUGUCUGAAACCUUACAGGUUUCUGCCAAAUUCACCGAAAUCAAUUUGAAAGUAUAUGGUCCGCAAGUGAUAACUGCUGCGAAAUGUUUAGCUUCCUAUCCAGGGAGCAAAAUCGGCCAGGAGAAUUUAGAGGUCUUCACCGAUAUGUACCAAUGGCUGGUAUCUGACGUCACGACCAUUGUGAAAGAUGUCCUCGACGCGAGUCAAUCGAAGCCCGAGAAGCAAGUUUAUAUGUCUCUUCCCAGACCUGGUAAACAUGGCUCAACAUCCAAACCAUUGAAAGCUGUGAGGUUAGAUACGGAGGAACAGGAGAAGAUUGCCAAGUCUGGGUUGGAAAUGAAACUGAUCAGCAGUGAAAUGGAUGCUGAGACAGAAAAAUGGCAAGAGAGUAAUAGUAAUCCUGAACUAGAGGAGAAUAAUGAUAUUGUUAAGAGGGCGAAGAAUAUGUCAGCAAUGGCAUUUUCGAUGUACCAGUUUACCAAAGGUGAAGGGGAGCUGAAAACGACUCAGGAUUUGUUCACGCAAGCCGAAUAUUUUGCUGAAGAAGCAAAUCGGCUUUACAAAGUGAUUCGACAAUUCAGCUACCAAGUUCCCGGCGGCACUGCCAAGAAGGAACUGUUAGCGAAUCUCGACAAAGUUCCAACUUUCGUCCAGAGGCUGCAAUUCACAGUGAAAGACCAUACAGUCGGAAAGGCAGCUACUUUCACCAAAGUUGAUAAUGUGAUACAAGAAACAAAAAAUCUUAUGAACGUCAUUUCCAAAGUUGUAACGACGUGCUUCGAAUGUGCCACAAAAUUCAAUCUAGCAUUACCGCAAAGAGUUAGAAUCCCAUGUGCAACUCUAGAUGGUAGACCAUUACCAGGUCAUUUAAGUCCACAGGCACUCCACAGAAUAGUUAAAAAACAAAGUUCCACACUUCCGAGAUAA